CUUAUUAUUCAUGUCAACUUUAAUAAACAUUUAUUAAAUUCAAUCCAGAGAUAUAAUCAACCUAGCUUGAAUGUAUUAAAAAUAUAUAUAUUAAAACCCCUCGGAGUUGCAAUACUGUAACGAUGCACGAAUCUAUUCCUUGUCAAGAAAAAGAAGCCUUCCUGUUGAGAAAAUUGAACCACCUACCAGGCAAGGGACCAUGAAAGAACCUUCCCUGAAGUUAUGAAAAGUCAAAGUCUUCGCUUUUGAGGAAGAAAACUCAACUCCACAUAGAGAAAGAACACAUGUAAUGUCGAAUUGCUCCGAUACACCGCUUUUUUGCAGUCUUUCAAUCGCAUUUUCAAAGCCAUAGCCGGAAGCUAUAAGCAUGUCCAUGACCACUGCAGAUGUCAAAAGCUCUGAAAGGUUUGAAGAAGGAAUGGUAGUGAUACAGGAGGCGGUUGAUAGAGCCAUUGGGAUUGCAGAAGGGACUGACAAUGUCCAAGGGUUCUCAUCCGAAGACUACAUGCGAUACUACACAACUAUUUAUGAACUCAGUACCCCCAACCCUCUCGGUGAAUAUUCUCGGGAGUUGUAUGACUAUUAUAAGAAGAUAUUUGAAGAGUACAUAACCUCUAAGGUUUUGCCAGCUUUAAAUGGAAAGAGAGACCAAGAUUUGUUGCAAGAAAUAGUGAGGAGAUGGUCUAUUCUCAAAACCAUGACUUUAUGGCUUUUUAGAUUUUUCAACUAUCUUGACAGAUACUUUAUUGCAAGGAGAAAACUUCCUUCACUUCAACAAACUAGCUACAACACUUUUUACAACCUGGUGUAUGCUGAGACAUUUGGCCCGGUAAAAGAUGCUGUGAUAGCCAUGAUCAACCGGGAACGUGAGGGUGAGCAGAUCGAUCAGGCCUUGGUGAAAAGUAUUUUGGCGAUCAAUGCAGAGAAUGGAGUAGGUUCAUUAAAACAGCAUAAGCAAAACCUUGAAGAAGCAAUCCUCAAGGACACUGCUGCAUUUUACUCUCAAAAGGCUUCAUAUUGGAUGCAAAAGAAAUCUUAUAAUGAAUAUAUGCUUGCGGUUAGCCAAUGCUUGACACAUGAGAAGGACACAGUUUCUCCUUACCUGCAGGCCGAAAACCAAAAGAAGUUACUGGAGGUUGUAGAACAAGAAUUGCUCAAUGCACAUGCUAAUGAACUGGAAAGAAAGAAACAAGUUGAUGAAUUUCCCUUGGCAGAUCGUAAGCAAGUCAACUUGCAGUGAAGCUGUUCUGCCAUCUGCCCAGUAGACACAUCUGGGUGAUAAUAGUACAUUGUAUCAUUGUUUUCUUUACAGGAUACAUAUGCUGGACUUUGCUUACUGCUGUUCUGCACUGGUGGCUGAAUUCUAAUUAGUAUCAUGUUUAUCCCUUAGUGUCUUGAUGUUGGAUGCUAACUGAAUUUCUGAUUCAAUCAUUAUUGUUCUUCAUGAGCUUUAUUCCCCA